UUCGUUUGGCAUACUCUGAGAGUUUCUCCCAUCUCUGAUUGGAUUGGCAACUGAAACUAUUUUUAACCCUCAUCCCCUAUGAACCCAUCUAGUGGACAAUCUACUAUACUUCUGAAAUUCGAACUGAGAAACGUCGGAUUCCUAGUACCAGAGCUUGUUUUAUGUUCACGCGGAUCUGACGCCAUAUCGCGUGACGAUGUUGACCAUACCCCAACGCUUACAAAUACGAUCGAACGUGUACGAAGCGAAGGAUUGCGGAGUUCUUAUCAUUAAUCUCAAUCAGAUAUCUCCAACAUCCCCUCUCAAUUUAUAAACAUUUACCAAGCAACGAGUGUUCAAGCUACCUAACAUUCAUUUCUUGCGUGAUGUCGUCUCCUUUAGCGACCGUCGGCGUUCUAUCAAUAGGGCAAAUGGGACUUGGAGUAGCCAAACUACUCGUCGCUCACAAUUACCAUGUCAUCACCAACGUCUCCGAUCGAAGCUCCGCGACCCAGGCUCGUGCACAUGAUGCACAAUUAGGCCUCGUCCAAAGCGACACGGAGCUCGUGCAGCAAAGCGAUUACAUCCUAUCCAUAGUCCCGCCCCGGGAUGCUGUGGAAACCGCACGACGAAUCCUCUUCGCGUAUGAAACCACCAAUAAACCAACCACUACCCAACCUUUGUACUACCUCGACUUAAAUGCAAUCUCCCCUUCAACCGCAACCUCAAUUGCCGACCAGUUCGCGCAGAAGGCACCUGGCAUCCGCUUCAUCGACGGCGGCGUAAUCGGCGCUCCGCCAUCGCCGUCCUCAUCCUCAUCCUCAUCAUCAACUUGGAUUCGUCCCGGGAUUCCCCUAUCCGGACCUCACCCCCUCUACACCGCCGAGAAGUCUGGUUCCCAUCUCGCCGAAGUGCUCAACUCGCGGCACCUCGGUCCGAAGAUCGGGUCCGCGUCCGGGGUGAAAUGUUGCUUCGCGGCCAUUUCGAAGGGCCUCACGGCGCUGAUGCUGCAGUCGUUCACGACGGCGAACGCGCUGGGCGUGCUCCCGGCUCUUCAUGACUACCUAAAGGAGUACAAUCCUGCGGCGGCCCAGCGAGUAGAUAAGAGCGUAGUUGGCUGCGCGCCCAAAGCAUAUCGGUGGGUUGAAGAGAUGAAUCAGAUUGGUGAUUGCUUUGCGGAGGAUGGUGGGUGGCAGCAGCAGGCGAAGGUUUUUAGGGAGAUUGCGCAGGUUUAUGAGGGGUUGGCUGGGCUGGUGGAGAGGAGAGGCGGUGUUGAUGGUUUUGAGGAUGCGGUAUCAGUUGCUGAUGCUUUGAGUAGGGAUCUCGAUGAUAAGGAGGCAUGAGGUCGGGAUUGAAAUGGCCGGGAAAUGUGUUAUGGAAUAUUUAUGAGUAUGAAUGAUUUAAAGCAUUAAGACCUACGACUGAAUUGUGAAAGAGGAAGAGUGUCCCAAUUAGCUUUCACCGUGACACUGACAGUGGCGGAUGAUGAUAUCUUGACUAGAAAGAUGCCUGCAGAGGAUAACACACUGGCAUGGAGGCAAUCUCCCUAUUACAAUCACAGAAACGAUUAAUCUAUUUCACUUCCAUCUCCAGUAUUUGCC